CAAAUUCUCCAAUCAAUAACUCUCUCACAAAGGACGUAUCUUCACUUUUACCUGCUAAAAUCUUUGAAUUUUAACAUCACAAAAUUAAUUAUUAAAAAAACAUGAGCAUCGUAAUAAUGAUACAACAUGACCAAGUCCACAAGUUUAACAACAACAACAAGCAACACAACUUCCCUCCCAAAAUCUCUCUGUUCUGUUUUGUCAAAUCUCUCUCCCCACAAAAACCUCAUCUUUAAGUUUUUUUUUUCCAUGGCUUGUCUUCUUCUUCUUCAACAACAAUUCUACUCUCUCCACUCUGAAAAACCCAAUCUUUAAUGGAGAUUCAACGACCAGUCAUCAAGCUCAUGGUUCUCCACUCAAACCACGACAAAAGCGACAACCUUUCCCGACGAGAAUUUCUCCCCGGUAAAUCCAAAUGGAGAAUCUCUUUAUCCCGAUCUCCAUCUUCUUCCUCUUCUUCAAAAUCCAACAACACUUCGCCGUCGAAAACAGAGAUUCCGACAGAAUUCCUCUGUCCGAUCUCUGGUUACUUAAUGGCAGACCCAGUUAUCGUCUCCUCCGGUCACUCGUACGAACGAGCUUGCGUCAUCGCUUCUAAAACCCUAGGGUUCACUCCAAGCCCCUUACUCCCAAACUCGCCGCCGGAUUUCUCCACCGUCAUACCCAACCUCGCCUUGAAAUCCGCGAUUCUAAGCUGGUGCGACCGCCGGAGUUUCCCGCCGCCGAAGCCGCUCGAUAACGCCGCCGCGGAGAAGCUCGUUUUCUCGUUGAUGGAGAAAACUCAUCACAGGCCGACGAGCCGGAAGGUUUCGAUAUCGGAGAAGGAGCUAAUCCAAGCGAUAAAGGACAAACCUUCGGUGAGACUCGACCACGCCGCGACGGAGCUUGACCGGAGACCUAACUACUUCAACUCGAGCUCCGACGAGUCGGUAGCCUCCUCGAGCCGAACGCUGCAGCUAGCGACUAGACCUAGCUGCUUCUCCUCGCCUUCGUCUGCAGAAAUAGAGUCCCUAGAACCAAACCCUAGCCCGGAGGAAGAAGCCUUACUCGUGAAGCUAAAGAGCAAUCGAAUCUCGGAGAUUGAAGAGGCUUUGAUCUCGAUCAGACGCGUCACGAGGCUCGACGAAGGUUCUAGAAUCAGUCUCUGUACUGCGAGGCUAAUCUCUUCGCUUAGGUCACUCAUCGUUUCUAGAUACGCAACGGUUCAGGUGAACGCCACUGCGGUUCUUGUGAAUCUCUCUUUGGUGAAAUCUAACAAAGUGAAGAUCGUACGGUCAGGAAUCGUUCCGCCGUUGAUCGACGUUCUCAAAUGCGGCUCGUCGGAAGCGCAGGAGCACUCCGUCGGAGCCGUUUUCAGUUUGGCUCUGGAAGACGAGAACAAGACGGCGAUCGGAGUGCUCGGAGCGUUGGAGCCGCUGCUUCAUCUUAUCCGAGUCGGGACUGAGUUGACUCGGCACGACUCGGCGCUUGCUCUGUAUCAUCUGUCUCUCGUGCAGAGCAACAGAGGGAAGCUCGUGAAGCUCGGAGCUGUUCAGGUGCUUCUGAGCAUGGCGAGGUUAGGACAGACGAUGAAUAGGGUUCUGCUGAUUCUCUGUAACAUGGCUUCGUGUCCCGUGAGUCGACCCGCUUUGCUUGACUCGGGAGCUGUGGAGUGUAUGGUUGGGAUUCUGAGAGGGCCGAGGGAGGUCACUGAGUCGACUCGGGAGAGCUGUGUUGCGGUUUUGUAUGGACUGAGUCACGACGGAGGGUUGAGGUUUAAAGGUUUGGCUAUGGCGGCGAACGCGGUGGAGGAGCUGACGAAGGUGGAGAGGAGUGGGAGGGAGAGAGCGAAGCAGAAGGCGAAGAGGGUUUUGGAAGUGAUGAGAGCUAAAAUGGAAGAUGAUUCUUCGCCGGAGAAUGAGGAGAUUGAUUGGGAAGAGCUGUUAAACUCCGGUAGUGUAACUCGGAGCCAGCAUCGACUCGGUGGCGACGGUGAGUAGUCACCAGUUAACUCGUCCGAGUUGGAGAUGAGAUUUUUCUUUUGUGAAAUUUUAUGGCUGGGGUGGAAUAUUCUUGUAUUUUCUGGCAAUUUGGUUGGGUGGCUUCUUUUU